AAUUCUUUUUCUUUCGUUGUUCUUCUCUCAAGGGGAAAUAUCUUUCUUUAGCACCUCUUCCUAUGGAGGCAAGGUCCUAAUUCCUUGUAGCCCCUUGACUGCAUCCAUUCAUGGUUGAUUAAACCAUGAAUGUCUUGUGAGUCUUGAUAUAUCUUCUUUGUUUCUGAUCUUUUGGAUUUUGAUAAAUCUGAAAGGAAGGAAUUAAAAUCAGCUUAAACAUGGAGAACAAGAAGAUUUUGAUGCAACGAUACGAGAUAGGAAAAUUGCUCGGACAGGGCACAUUUGCAAAGGUCUAUCAUGCCCGAAAACUGAAAACCAAAAAAAGUGUUGCAGUGAAGGUGAUUGAGAAAGGUAAGGUUAUGGAAAACAACUUGAUUGACCAAAUCAAACGAGAAAUCUCUACAAUGAGGCUUGUUAGGCAUCCAAAUGUUGUUCAACUUUAUGAGGUCAUGGCUAGCAAGACUAAGAUUUAUUUUGCCAUGGAAUAUGUUAAAGGUGGUGAACUUUUCAAUAAGAUUGCAAAAGGGAGGUUGAAAGAGGAAGCCGCUAGAAAAUAUUUCCAACAAUUAAUCGCAGCUGUUGAUUAUUGCCAUAGCCGAGGUGUCUAUCAUCGUGACUUAAAGCCAGAAAACCUCCUUCUAGAUGAAUCUGGCAACCUUAAAGUUACAGAUUUUGGAUUAAGCGCUUUGGUUGAUAGUAAAAGGAAUGAUGGUCUUUUGCAUACAACAUGUGGAACACCUGCUUAUGUUGCACCUGAGGUUAUUCACAAGAAAGGUUAUGAUGGCGAAAAGGCAGAUAUUUGGUCAUGUGGGGUGAUCUUGUUUGUUUUGCUUGCAGGUUAUCUUCCAUUUAAUGAUCCUAAUUUAAUGGGAAUGUACAGGAAAAUAAGUAAAGGGGAAUUCAAAUGUCCAUCUUGGUUCCCUCCUGAGGUCAAGAAAUUGCUUUCCAGAAUUCUUGACCCUAAUCCAAACACAAGGAUGACGUUAGACAAAAUAAUGGAAAAUCCUUGGUUUCAAAAGGGAUUUAAAAAGAUUGAGACCCACUAUAUUCCAAAAGGUUUUCUUGAUUCCGAAGAGGUGUUCAAAUAUAUAGAUAGUCCAAAGUGUAGUUGUACUGAUCUUAAAGGACUCGAAGAGAGAUCACUCACAAAAAGUUCCUCUAAUUUGAGUUCUUUGAAGCCUACGAGUAUGAAUGCUUUUGAUAUCAUUACGCUUAAUCAAGAGUUCAAUCUCUCUGGUUUAUUUGAGAACAAUGUUCCAAGUAAGAAAUCUGAGGCCCGUUUCACGACCAAAGAAUCUGCAUCAGCGAUCGUGUCUAAACUGGAAGAAGUGGCUUCAGUGGAGCAGUUUCAGAUUACGACAAUGGCAGAUGGAACAGUGAGGAUGCAAGGGUGCAAAGAAGGGAGAAAAGGGCAAUUAGCCAUUGAUGCUGAGAUAUUUGAAGUAACACCCUCCUUUCACGUAGUGGAGGUAAAGAAAUUGGCCGGCGACACCAUAGAAUAUGAAAGAUUCCGGGAUCAAGGAUUGAAGCCUAAAUUAAAAGACAUAGUUUGGACAUGGCAGGGUGAGCAACAAACAACAGAAACAAGUACCUCAGACCAAUCAUGAUGAAUGCAAGUUUGAUUUAGCCUUUAUCCAAUUAAUGAAUACACAUCUGCAUGAGGUUGUACGUCUGUGCAAAUGUAGAUUUUGAAUUGGAAAAGUUGCAAUGUUAUCACGGGACGCCAUUUGUUUAGAUGAUGAUGAAUUGAUGCAAUUAUAUAAUCCUUCUGUUUUUUAAUUAUCACAAUUAAUUAUCUCAGUUGAACAGUUUAUACCUACGUAAACCUAAUUAUUUCACCAUGACUUUUUUA